UGUCAACAUCAUUGAGAUGAACACAAGCAGCCGCGGCUAGCUGCUGGACAACUUCAAAACGGUGCUUUUAUUUUCAGUUUGACUGAGCACAUAAAGGAGUGCCUUGUGAAUGUAGCUGCAGCAGCAUCAGAGAUGGAGACAUAAACCCCACUGAUGGAGAGGAAGAGCUCCGAGGAUGACAGUGGUGGAGAGCGAGGCCUGCUCCAUACCUGGAAGGGCUACUCCUGCAGUGUCACCCCAGAAAGGCUGCUCCUCCCUGGGCCGGUCCUUCAGGUCGCCCUGGGCACACGGCAUGGUGUUCUGCUGGUUGAAGGAGGGCAGGUGUACAGUUUUGGGGAUUUAACAUGGAAGCAGAGUCAGGUGUCGGAGCCGGCGAAACCUACCCUGGAGAGCGCGCUCAGUGGGCAGCGGGUGGUCAGCGUUGCAGCCGGAAGCUUCCACAGCGGGGCGGUGACGGAGGACGGCGGCGUCCACAUGUGGGGGGACAACAGCUCGGGACAGUGCGGCCUGUCGGGCCUCAGCAGCGUCCCCAACCCGACUCCUGUCGCUCUGCUGGACUCAGACAGCGCCCCCCCGCAGACGGUCCCGGUGCUGGAGCUGGCCUGCGGGGAGCGGCACACCCUGGCUCUGUCGGCGCAGCGGGAAGUGUGGGCGUGGGGCAGCGGGUCUCAGCUGGGCCUCAACGUCUCCGUCUUCCCCGUUUGGAAACCCCAAAAGGUGGAGCACCUGGCGGGCAGGUGUGUGUUACAGGUGGCCUGCGGGGCCUCACACAGCCUGGCUCUGGUGCGCUGCCUGGGCCCCCAUGACCUCCACCGGCCCCCUGUAGACAAAUGCAGACAGUGUAACCAGCUGCUGUACACCAUGACGGACAAAGAGGACCACGUCAUCAUCUCUGACGGGCACUACUGCCCCAUCGGGGUGGAGCUGACAGAGGAUGAGGGCCGGCGGGAGGCCCCUGCUCUUACACAAGGGCCCAAAACAACCCCGUCAGAUCCCCUCCUCCCCCCACACACCUCAAUUUCUGCUGACCCCUUCUCUGACCCCGCUCAGGACUCUGAGAAACAGGAGUUAGCACUCGUAAAUGGAGGGCCCCCAGCCUCAGGCUCUGACCCCUCGGCUGAAUCUAAAGAAGGAGGGGUUUCGGGGGUCAAGAGUUCACCGUAUCCAGAUGAGCAGGCCGUCAAAGAAUACCUGAAGAAGCUGUCGGAGGCUGAGCAGGCCACCAAGCCCUCAGCAGGAGCUCUGACCUCCUCCAGCUCCACCCUCAACAACCUGGUGGCCUCCUGCGCCUCUGCAGUGGGGGAGCGUGUCGCUUCGACCUACGAGGCCCUGUCGCUGAAGAAGAUGAUGAACUACCUCCCGUCAGGAGUGGCGAGGUCUGGCGUACCUGCGGGGUUAACAGGGGUCGUUGACACCACGGCGGAGCGCGUCCGUCUGGAAGACUCCACGCAGGCCAAGAAGAGCUCCAGCACCGGGGACAUCCGCGAGGAGGAGGCGGAGGGUCUGCGGCGCCGCCUCUCUCUGCCGGGACUCCUCUCUCAGGGUAGAUACGCUGUUCACGUCUUAUCCAACUCCUAUACCCUGCUGCUGUCCCCGCGGCUGCUGAGGAAAGCCGGACGCCCCAGGAUGCGUGCAGUGGACCUCACCCCUCUGGGUGCGGUGUUCCCUGAGGCGCAGGAGGUGUUCCCCACCCUACAGACAGAGGUGUGGAGCUGGGGCCAGGGCGAGGACGGACAGCUGGGUCAUGGAGACAAUGUGGCCAGGUUACAGCCGCGGUGCAUCAAGAGUCUGAACAAUAAGGAGGUGGUGCGGGUGGAGGCUGGUGCUCAUCAUUCCCUCGCUCUCACUGCUCCGUCUCAGGUUUUUUCCUGGGGGAGUAACACUUCCGGGCAGCUGGGACACACAGAGUCACCCAGCACGAUCCCCCGGCUUGCAAAGCUGUCAGAAGGGAUCCGGGUCUGGGACGUGAGCGCCGGAGAGAAACACACCCUGCUGCUCGCAGACGGAGACUGCUACCGGCCAAUCAUCUACUACAGUGGGCAGCAGGUGAAGGAGGGGGCGGAGGAGAGCCACGCCAAGGAGAAGGGUCAACAGGAAGAGGGGGAGGAGGAGGAGGAGCGGGUGGGGGGCUACACCCGGCAGCCUGUACUGCUCCCUUUCUGCAUUGACCUCGGCUAUGUGAGCAAUGUGUUCGCAGGCGGUCAGCGCUGCGUGGCGCUGCUGGACAGGAACGUGAUGGGCUUCAUUGCCAGCCUCCACGAGCUCGCCUCCGCAGAGAGGAAGUGCUACUGCAAGCUGAGCAACAUCAAGACGCAGAUAAUACGCCCCCUGCUGGAGCUAGAGUCUCUGAGUGCGGCCCUGGGUCCAGUGGCCCUCGGGCUCCUGCAGACUGUGACGGGGAAGUUCAGCCUCUUGUGUCACCUGACGGGGCAGCACGCCGCCAGCCUCACAGGACACCUGCGGCGCGUCCGUGACGUGAAGAGCCUGCUCGUCCUCGAACACGCCGACCUCUUCCUCGACUCUUACAGCGAGUACUGCAGCGCUGUGGGCAACUUGCAAGUGAUGGGGGGUUUCCAGGCCCUGACCAAACCCUCAAUAGACUUCUUUGGGAAGAGUCCCGAGCUGCUGAAGAGGCUGUCUGAGUGCAGCGAGGAGAAUCCCACUAUGGCCGACCUGCUGGGGGCGCUCUUCUACCUCCCGACGCGCCACCUGCACGAGUACGGCCGACUGCUGCUAAAACUGGCCACGUGCUUCGAAGUGAGCUCCGAUGACUACCAGAGGCUGCAGGACAGCUGCUCUAAGUUCGAAGCUUUGGCUCUCAGACUGAAGAGGAAGAGGAAGGACGCCGAAUACACCUUCCACUUCUGGAAGAGCUUCCCCGGCAAAAUGACGGACUCUCUGAGGAAGCCCCACCGCCGGCUCAUCUGUGAGAGCAGCAACAAAGCACUGACGCUGCAGAACGCCGGCAGGUUCUCCGUCAACUGGUUCAUCGUCUUCAACGACGCUCUGGUCCACGCGCAGGGCGUGGCGCCUUGUAAAAAUCUUUUCUCCACCCAUCAUGUCUUCCCCUUGGCCACACUUUGGGUGGAGCCGAUCCCAGAGGAGAACAGCGGCCUGUAUGGAUUAAAGGUGAUCACACCGGAGGAGACGUUUGCCCUGCUCGCGUCCUCUCCCACGGAGAAGGCCAAGUGGCUGCGCUCUAUCAACCAGGCGGUGGAGCAGGCGCUGAGCGGGGCGGGGCAGGACACGGCAUCCAUCGGCUCUGGGUCGAGUCAGAAGAUGGAGCCUCCUGCUUCCAGGGCCGCCUCUUACACGUUCUAUAAGGACGGGCGGCUGAAAGAGGCGACGUAUAAAGGGUGCUGGCUCUCAGGGAAGCCCAACGGCAGGGGCGUGUUGAAAUGGCCUGAUGGGAGGAUUUACACAGGGACGUUCACGAACGGACUGGAAGAUGGCUUUGGGGAAUUUGUGUCUAACAACAAGACGCUCAACAAGAACGAUCAAUAUCAAGGUCACUGGAAGGACGGAAAGAUGCACGGCCUCGGGACAUACAGGUAUGCCAGCGGCGAGGUUUACGAAGGCUGCUUCCAGGACAGCAUGCGACAAGGACACGGCAUGCUGCGCAGCGGGAAGCUCAACACCUCCUCCCCCAGCGUCUUCAUCGGACAGUGGCUGCAGGACAAGAAGACUGGCUAUGGAGUCUUUGAUGAUAUCACAAAAGGCGAGAAGUACAUGGGCAUGUGGCAGGAUCACCAGCGGCAGGGCAUCGGGGUCGUGGUCACUCAGUUCGGCCUUUAUUACGAAGGAGCCUUCAAAGAAAACAAGAUGAUGGGCACCGGGAUUCUGCUGUCCGAGGACGACACCACAUACGAGGGUGAAUUCUCUGAUGACUGGACCCUCAACGGAAAGGGUGUGCUCACCAUGCCAAACGGUGAUUACCUGGAGGGCUCCUUUAACGGAGAGUGGGGCUCCGGCCUCAAAGUGACGGGCUCCUACUUCAAACCUCACCUGUUCGACAUCGACAAGGACAAGACCCACGCUGUGAAGCUUGGGCGUCUGUGUGUGUGCGCUGAGGACAAGUGGCAGGCGGUGUUUGAGGAGUGCUGGAGGCAGCUGGGCUGCGAGGCCCCGGGUCGAGGAGAGAACCGGAAGGCCUGGGAGAACAUCGCCGUGGCCCUCACCACCAGCCGGAUACACAUCCAGGACAGUCCGGAAGGUUUGUCUCGAAGCCACAGCAGGACCCUGGAGAGUCUUGAGGUGAUCCCGCAGCACGAAGUACCAAUCAACAUGGAGAGAUAUCACACAAUCCGACUCUACCUCGUCAAGGCGUGUGACACCCCCCUCCACCCGCUGGGCCGGCUGCUGGAGACACUGGUGGCGGUGUACAGGAUGACCUACGUGGGCGUCGGAGCGAAUCGUCGGCUGCUGCCUCAGGCAGUCAACGAGAUCAAGUCGUACCUCAACCGCAUCUUCGUCAUCGUCAGGUUUUUGUUCCCAGACCUGCCAGAAGAGGGCGGUCUAAUUCCAGAGCCGACCACCAACCUCCAGGACAAGAGGGAGCCAGGCUCCAGCGACGCCUCCCUAGAGUCACCUAAACCUGGGCGUGUGGUGAGCAGCUCGGGUCUGCUGCUCCCCGUCCUGCUUCCUCGCCUCUACCCUCCCCUCUUCACCCUCUACGCUCUGGACAAGGAGAGAGAGGACGACGUGUACUGGGAGUGUGUCCUCCGCCUCAACAAGCAGCCCGACCUCGCCCUACUCGCAUUCCUCGGGGUCCAGCAGAAGUUCUGGCCUGUUUCCAUUCCCGCAUCCAUGCCUGCACUGGCGGAGAAGCAGCAGGUCCUUUCCAGCACAAAGGACUCCUGCUUUGCCUCUGCAGUGGAAACACUACAACAGAUCAGCACAACCUUCACCCCGUCAGACAAGCUGCAGGUGAUCCAGCUCACCUUCGAAGAGAUCACUCAGGCGGUGCAGUCACUGCUGAAGCAGGACUUCCUGUGGUCCAUGGACGACCUUUUCCCCGUGUUCCUCUACGUGGUGCUGCGCGCAAGAAUUCGAAAUUUGGGGUCAGAGGUCAGCCUGAUUGAAGACCUGAUGGACCCCUGCGUGCAGCAUGGAGAGCACGGUAUCAUGUUUACCACACUCAAGGCGUGUUACUACCAGAUCCAGCAUGAGAAGAUCACCUAGUGUGAUUGGGUGUCAACUUCCUGCCGUCCCAAGCCACAAUCUCUCCAAUCAGAGGGCCAGGAUCAGCCAGGCUUCAGGAUGACCGAUGCAAACACGCACCAACCAAUGGGAAGUGAAGGAUCAUAUGAACAGGUUGCCCACAGCUCCAUCUUCUGCUGCCUUGGAGACGGGCACACACAGUCUCCGUUUUUUAAUUUGAUUUACCCCUUCCAGCUUCUCCUCCUCUGAGGGAUCAUGAAGGUACUCAUGUGAAUAUUGUCUGUGUUGAGCCACUACAUGCCAUCCACUUUAAAACGGUCCCAAGCUAAACGACGGGACGUUGUUACCUGGGAGGAAACUCAACCGUGAAACAUUUGUCUUUUUAGUGCCAAUGGACGAAGUUUGCUGCUGAGUUUCCCUUCACACUGUGACAUAUGGCACCUCUUUUCCUCCUUGGAAAUAAGUCUAUUUUUCAGCAUGAAACAACACUCUAUGGCACAGAUUCAUUUUUAGCCUCCAGUGUUUCAGGCAGUUAAAUCUGAACAAUCCCUCUGACAUCCUCAUGACGAAACUGAUCUCUUGGAAGCGCGUCACUUUAAGAACUGACACACCUUUUAUUAAGCGUCCGGACAUCAAUAUGUUUACAGCUAGCUCAAUUUCCAAUAUUAACCCAAGACAAAGUGACUCAUACAUGUUCAUUCCUGCUUUAUCUCAAGUGUUCCCAAAUGGUUUUACAGGAGAAUGGGCCUCAAGGAUGAACACUAACUUGAUGGUUUAACAAACGCAGGUCUGCUUAUCUUUUUACAAGCGUCUCUGAGGUUUCUGUCUGGGAAUGAAAGGGGCUGGUUUGGUACUGUAUCAUCAAUAUAAACUGACAAAAUGUCACCGAUAUCCUCCUGUUACAGCAAGUGGCAGCAGAACACCGUUAGUGGCUGUGUUAGCCGGCUCUAAAUCCCUUUUUUUGGCAGGCAACCAGCUACUCCAAUUUACCAAAGUAAACUCUUGUCUUCACGAACACUGACAGUUCAUCACCAGGACUUGAAAGCACAUGUGAGUCUUAAAGCAACAUGCACAUUCAUUUUACGAGGUAUUCCUUUUAUACGACGCUAAAUAAUCCUUUGUAAAGCUGGAAACAGGGUUGCUGUUCUUCCAGAAAAAAAUUGAGAUGCAUUAUUGCCAUGAUUAAUAUUACUCAACCUGGAGGCCCCUUUAUUCCCUCUAAGAUCCAAUAGAAGUGUUUUUUUGAGAGACUAAAAUGAAUAAUAAGCGUUUGUAGGAACUGUGUUUGUGACGGUGUUCAUUACAGGCGGUGAGAAGAAUUGGCACAUUAGUCAUGGAACCAACCUCCAUUUGAACGUCACACCCGUUUAACUUUCAAACAAAUGCAAAAGGUUUAGAUGUAGAUUUCCUCCUGCUGUAGGGUGGGACUAAAGCCGGGCGGCUUAAUGCAAACACGGUUUUUCUGUAUGUGAUGUUCAAAGCCGAUUCUCCGCGCCAUCUGUUAAUGUUAACUGUCUUUUUUAAGCCAUUUACAGCUCUGUCAGACAAUUUCGCUUAUUUGUGAUAUGCGUCACACACGUGAGUUUAUGAAAGGGCUUAAGAGGGGAUUCAGAGGGAUCCCAGCCUCUUUUUUCCUCUUUAAUAUCAUGGCUUUUGUUUUCUCACAUGGUUUAACAAUUGCAAAUCCUGUGGAUCAGAGGUCUUUUUUGAAGGGAUAAAGGAAGGUGAAGCUGCUCUUUCCCUGCAGGAUUAUUAAUAUCUACAGAGAGCGGGCGUAAAAUGAUUUGAAGCUUCAUGUCCUUCAUUAAAACUUAGAUCUCCGGCUGUUAAACUGAUAUAUGUUUUUUGGGGACGUUCAAACAGAGCUUCGAACUGUUAGGACAUGAUGAAGACGCUCUCCUCCUGGUUUGAGCUCUGAGACCGUAUGUGCCUGACGCAAUAUCUUCUCACACUGAGGAUUUCAUUUCCACAAUGCUACAAAGAAAAACAUUCCUCUAUGAUAAAUGAUUCUGCCAACCAGAGACUUUGCUAUGAUGUGAAAGCUCAUUAUUUGACUGAGAGAAAUGACUUCCUGUUCAGUAUUUUGUCUUCAUUUGUGAUACAAAUGUUUUCAAUUGACGUACUAACUGACUUUCACCACGCAUACAAAACUGCACAUUAUUGAAAUGGUUAACUGACUCAAAUAGAUGAAGUGUUACUUUUAGCCCAAUAUAUGUGUUGGGUUCAUGUCCUCAACACAUGUUUACUCACACAGGUGUAAUGUUCUCCUCUUCCCCACUCUGUGUUAAAGCCACUGUUUUCUCCAUGCUGUUUACUAGUUGACAUUUUGUGUUUGAGCUGGCUGACGUGACCCCCACCCUGUUUGUCUGGUACAAUGUAUUGUACCUGUAAAUAACUACAGAGGGCAAUAAACUCAUUUGAUGGAUGUUGCGUCCUAA